AUGUACAUCGGACAAGUACUUUGUAAGGAUGCAUCUACCUUGUAUCUGCCAGUUUGCAGGCGAAGUGCUUACGAGCUUGUCGUUGGCAAUAUUGACAGAGCACUAUGCCCUCUUCAGCAAGGGCAAGUUGACUUUGAUCUUUAUAUCUUGCAGCACAACAUCUCAUCUAAUCAGCAAUCCAUAUGUAUCUGGUCAGACAACUACCUACAGCAAUACUGUGUAUUUGCCGAUCCUCAAUUCGACUACGGAAAGGGUAUAGUUAUAAUAACAACCCCAGCGCGUGCCCGAUACAUCUUCAAAACCAGUUCACUUAUGUCAAAUCUUCCUAUCUCUACUCAUAAGCUAUUGUUUCGAACUAAAGUUAGCGGAAACAAAGGCCGAGGUAUAUUUGCAAACAGCCAUAUCUCCGCCGGUAGUCUUAUUACUCAAGAGGCACCAAUCAUUCUCAUAGACGAUAAUUGGACCAUCAAUGUCUCAUCUGAAAAAGCAAGGACAACACUUGAAGAGCUAGCUAUUGAAAAGUUGCCAAAACUCACACGAAAAACCUUUCACGAGCUCUAUGAAGGGCACGAUAUAAGCAACCCUUGGCAAAAGAUUUAUACAAAUGGUUACGGAGUCUACGGUGGGCCAACAAAUGACUGGCCUGAGUUAGAGAGUGAAUCAGAUCUUGGUAUGGUAGCAGUACAUGCCAAUAUAUCAAAGAUUAACCAUGGUUGCCGAUCCAAUGCUGCAGUUCAAUGGGAUUGGGACCUGCUUAUACAUAGGCUGUAUGCAGUCCGAGACAUUGCUGCUGAUGAGGAGAUUACCAUAUCCUACUUCAAUACCAUACAAACCCUUCAAGAGCGUCAGCAGUAUACGAAAAAGUACCUUGGCUUUGCAUGCGCCUGUAAUCAAUGCAAGGCCACAGGCAUAUUUGCUGACUUAUCUGAUAGUCGUGUCAACGACAUUAUACUCUUGGAAAAGUAUUUAGAAAAUGAGCAAAUCGCACCAGCCGAGCCAGUAGCAAUGGCCGAAUUGCUUGUAAGCCUGUAUAAGCAAGAAGGUUUGGACCCUUUCAUUAGUAAGGCAUACGCAAUUGCAGCCCUCGAAUGGCAUGGUGCAGGCUAUGAGUAUCAAGCACGCUCAUGGGCAUACCAGAGUGUCAAGGCCGGUCUAAUUACUACGUAUGGACUUGGGAUUGAAGAGUAUCUGAACGAUAUGCAAACGUUAUUGGACAGAGGAAGAAAGCAUUGGUCAUGGAGAUACCGAGUGCAUUAG